UCCCCAGAGAAGAGUCCAGAAGGACGAAUGGAAGGAAGGUGGCCUGCAAGGGGGGGUGUCCUCCUCUGUUUAACUGUCAGUCUUCUGCUUCAAGGAAGAGGCGACUCUUUCACCAUCAAUUGCUCAGGCUUUGACCAGCAUGGGGUGGACCCCGCUGCCUUCCAAGCAGUGUUUGACAGAAAGGCCUUCCGUCCAGUCACCAACUACAGCGUCCCCACCCGUGUCAACAUCUCCUUCACCCUGUCUGCCAUCCUGGAAGUGGACGCACAGCUCCAGCUGCUGACCUCAUUCCUGUGGAUGGAUUUGGUGUGGGACAAUCCUUUCAUCACCUGGAACCCGGAAGAGUGUGUUGGCAUCAAUAAACUCACGGUGUCAGCUGAAAACCUGUGGCUCCCAGACAUCUUCAUUGUGGAAUCCAUGGAUGUGGAUCAGACGCCUUCGGGUCUCACCGCCUAUGUUAGCAGUGAAGGCCGAAUAAAGUACGAUAAGCCGAUGAGGGUGACCAGCAUCUGUAACCUGGACAUCUUCUACUUCCCUUUUGACCAGCAGAACUGCACCUUCACCUUCAGCUCUUUCCUCUACACUGUGGACAGCAUGCUGCUGGGCAUGGACAAGGAGGUGUGGGAGAUCACAGACACGUCUCGCAACGUCAUCCGAACCCAGGGGGAGUGGGAGCUCCUGGGCAUCAACAAGGCCACCCCAAAAAUGUCUGUGGGCAGCAACCUCUAUGACCAGAUCAUGUUCUAUGUGGCCAUCAGGCGCAGGCCCAGCCUCUACAUCAUAAACCUGCUGGUGCCCAGUAGCUUCCUGAUUGCCAUUGACGCCCUCAGCUUCUACCUGCCGGCAGAGAGCGAGAGUCGUGCCCCAUUCAAGAUAACGCUCCUGCUGGGCUAUAAUGUCUUCCUGCUCAUGAUGAAUGACUUGCUCCCUGCCAGCGGCACCCCCCUCAUCAGUGUCUACUUCGCGCUGUGCCUGUCCCUGAUGGUGCUCAGCCUUCUGGAAACUGUCUUCAUCACCUACCUGCUGCACGUGGCCACCACCCAGCCCCCACCCAUGCCUCGGUGGCUCCACUCCCUGCUGCUGCCCUGCACCAGCCCAGGGAGAUGCUGUCCCACUGCGCCCCAGAAGGAAAAUGAGGGCCUGGGUCUCACCCCCACCCACCUGCCCGGCCCAAAGGAGCCGGGGGAGUUAGGGAAGGAGGUGAGACCCGGAGAGACCGAGCUAGAUGGGGGCUCAGGACGGACAAAGACCCAGCUAGUGGAGCUGUGGGUGCAGUUCAGCCAUGUGAUGGACGCCCUGCUCUUCCGCCUCUACCUGCUCUUCAUGGCUUCCUCCAUCUUCACCGUCAUCGUCCUCUGGAAUACCUAGGCAGACUUCCCCCGUCUCUGGCAAACCACAGCUUGGAGUUUCUACCGGACUUAGGGCCAGCCAGACCCACUUUUCCAAUCUUAGCCACUUAUCCCCAGUGACUACCAUGUCCCCUUCUAAAUUCCUAAAACUGCAACGUAGCACUACCAAGCAGGUUCGGGACAGCCCUGGACAACUUCCUGACUCCUCACACACCAGGCUGCUCAUUCCUGCGCCCCUUCAGUCCCUGAAGCUCCUUCCUCCCUGAUCAAUAAGCCCAGGUCAGUGGAGUCCUCCUUCACUGAUCACUCCAGUAAACAACUUUCCAGG